GCCGCUGUCCCUGCUGCCGAGGCUGCUACCGGUGAGGUGAGCUGAGCUGAGCUGAGCUCUGCUUACCUGAGGUGUGGUUUUGGGCUGGUGCCGCUGGUGGUCAAGGAGUAGGCGGACAACCAGGCCAACGGGGACGGCAGAUCAGUCGCUGCUUUGUCUCCCCAGCUUCGGUCUCGUCUGCGUUGCUGCAGGGAGGCCGCCCCGGCCCGGCGAGCUGAACCAAUGCUGGAUCUGGAGGUGGUGCCCGAACGCUCUCUGGGGAACGAGCAAUGGGAAUUCACGCUGGGAAUGCCUCUGGCUCAGGCAGUAGCCAUUCUUCAGAAGCACUGUCGCAUCAUCAAAAAUGUCCAGGUUCUCUACAGUGAACAGUCUCCUCUAAGCCAUGACCUCAUCCUUAACCUGACUCAGGACGGGAUCAAACUGCUGUUUGAUGCUUUCAAUCAGAGACUUAAGGUGAUUGAAGUAUAUGACUUGACUAAAGUAAAGUUAAAAUAUUGCGGAGUGCACUUCAACUCUCAGGCCAUAGCUCCCACCAUUGAGCAGAUUGACCAGUCUUUCGGUGCGACCCAUCCUGGAGUGUACAACUCCGCUGAGCAGCUCUUCCACCUCAACUUCAGAGGACUGUCUUUCUCUUUUCAGUUAGACUCUUGGACCGAGGCUCCCAAGUACGAGCCCAAUUUUGCCCAUGGCCUAGCUUCUCUCCAGAUACCCCAUGGGGCAACUGUGAAACGAAUGUACAUCUACAGUGGAAACAGCCUACAGGAUACAAAGGCUCCCGUGAUGCCCCUGAGCUGUUUCCUUGGCAAUGUGUAUGCUGAAAGUGUGGAUGUUCUUCGAGAUGGAACUGGACCCUCAGGUUUACGACUUCGGCUACUUGCUGCAGGUUGUGGACCUGGUCUAUUAGCAGAUGCCAAGAUGCGGGUAUUUGAACGUUCAGUGUAUUUUGGUGAUUCCUGCCAAGAUGUUCUUAGCAUGCUUGGUUCUCCACACAAGGUCUUCUAUAAGUCAGAAGACAAGAUGAAAAUUCAUUCUCCUUCCCCUCAUAAACAAGUUCCAUCCAAGUGCAAUGACUACUUUUUUAACUACUUCACUCUUGGAGUGGAUAUCCUCUUUGAUGCAAAUACACACAAAGUGAAGAAGUUUGUCCUACACACGAAUUACCCUGGGCAUUAUAAUUUUAACAUUUAUCACCGCUGUGAGUUCAAGAUCCCACUAGCCAUAAAGAAAGAAAAUGCAGACGGUCAGACAGAAACAUGCACAACCUACAGCAAGUGGGACAACAUCCAGGAGCUCCUGGGCCACCCUGUGGAGAAACCUGUUGUCCUGCACAGGUCUUCCUCCCCAAACAACACCAACCCAUUUGGCUCUACAUUCUGCUUUGGUCUUCAGCGGAUGAUCUUUGAGGUUAUGCAGAAUAACCAUAUUGCCUCGGUGACCCUGUAUGGCCCCCCCAGGCCUGGUGCCCACCUGAGAACAGCGGAGCUCCCCUAAGGACAUCACCACCCAUGCCCCUCCGCCCCAUGGAGCUGUGCUUCGCAUCCUAUUCAGUGGGCCUCCAUGCGCCACCCUGUGGGUUUUCUUGGACACCUUGCCAGUGUUGAAAGGCUCUUGUGAUGUUCUGAGGUGGGGCUCAGACUGGGUGCUCUGCCGUGGGGUGAGAAGCCCAAAUAUUCCUCUGUCCGUCCUCAGCCUGCUGGUGCCAACAGAGGACAGAGACUGCAAAGAGAAGCACAAACUCUGAGCCUUGAUACCUGGACCCAGAUGACCUCAACUAACACGUAUGGAGGCAGAAUUCUGUCUCUCCUGUUCCACACAUAUUGGGAAAAGUUUGGACUCUUUCUGUGGCUAAAGACACAGGCACCCGGGACGAGGACGAGGUCCCGCCUUUGGCCCAUCAUUGCCACGUGACCCUUAAGGCAAGCAGGUAGCAUGUCCAUAGUACUUGGUUGCGACUUUUGCACUACAUCCACUUUAGUUACUUGAUGAGCUGGCUGUGGCCAAGGUGGCCCACCUGCCCUUCCCUGUUCCUUCCUUGCACGAGCUCCCUACCAGGCCCAGUAGGCACGCCCAGCUCAUUGAAACACACCUUUUUUACCAUCCGGAUAGGUGUCCAGCCCUGGGUUCCUACCCCUCUUGGAGCCAGCCUUCAAGGUCACCUGUGCCCCUGCUCUGCCCCAACCUGGCUGGCAGGCUGCAUGUUUCCAUCCUGUUUGCCUCUUUUAUUUAAUGCCAAAGUUUUAGCCAAAGACAUCUUCCUCCUUUUAUUGUUUCAGCAUUCUGUUCUGCACUGUGGGCUGGCUCUCUUGCCCCAACCCUGGGCAGUGUCCCCUGGCCAGGCCCAUUCAUGGGUCAAGGCCUCUGGGGGCUCAAGGAAGGCUGAGCUGCUCGGUCUUUUCAUGGGUCUUGCUAAGGAAAGUAGCAUAUGUGCUUUAAAAAUAAUCCUUUUGAAAAGAAUUGAGAAGAGAAAUGUAUAAUUUUAUCUCAUUUUUAAUAUUUUGGUCUAGCAACUUGUGAUACAUAGAUGACAAUUUUGUGAGUUUUUCAAAUGUGUGUACAGAUUUUUGUAAAUAUGACUCUUUUGUAAUUAACUCAUGUACAGCCUCAUCCUGUAGAGUUUAACAAUGAAUGUGCAGGGGACCUGCCCCAGGCUUCUAGGUGGUUCCUGGACUUAACAGCCAGGCUUAUGUGGCGCUCCCAUAAUUUUGUGACUGACUGGUGUCUUCCCAUUUGGACUGUGGCCUGGCCAGAGACCCCCCCAACACACAUCCCACUGUAGGGCCAGCCAGGACUAUCCCCAUCUUCCUAGAAUAGGGGAACCUUCCUCAUGCCCUGCCCAUACCCCUCCAAUAAAGACCUAUGCCCUCAGCAGCGGCUCGCCAUGUGCUGUUGCUGGGAUAUUUGUACUAAAA